AGACCUACUGCAUGUGAGACUUUUCAGGAAACUGCACAACAGUUUGAAUACGUUGGAUCGUUCCAGUACCUAAAACUUUCACAAUGAAGAGAGCUGGGCAGAAAGUUGUGGUUGAAAAUGAAGCUCCUCGAACAUCACAGAAAAGCAAAAAACAGAAAACUUGUUUAUAUGGCUCAGUGUUUGCUGAAUCUGACUUGCAUGCCUCAAUGGACUGGGGAAGCCUUCCACACCAUGUUAUUCUGCGUAUUUUUCAGUUUCUGUCUUUAGUAGAUCGAGCCAGGGCAUCUUCUGUUUGUCGAAGGUGGAAUGAAAUUUUUCACAUCCCAGAUCUCUGGAGGAGAUUUGAAUUUGAACUUAGCCAGCCAGCUACUUCUUACUUAAAGUCUACGCAUCCUGAUCUCAUUCAGCAGAUUAUCAAGAGGCAUGCUGAUCAUCUGCAGUACGUCAGCUUCAAGGUUGAUAGCAGUACUGAGUCAGCUGAAGCAGCCUGUGACAUCCUUUCUCAGUUGGUGAACUGUUCUAUCAAGACACUGGGCUUGAUUUCUACUGCAAAACCAAGCUUCAUGAAUGUCUCUAAGGCUCACUUUGCUUCAGCACUGACAGUAGUUUUUGUGAACUCCAAGUCAUUAUCAUCAAUCAAGAUAGAUGACACACCACUUGAUGAUCCUUCCUUGAAGGUUCUUGUUGCUAACAAUAGUGAUACUCUAAAGCUGUUAAAAAUGAGCAGCUGUCCUCAUGUAUCACCUGCUGGAAUUCUUUGUGUUGCUGACCAGUGUCAUGGACUUAAGGAGCUGGCUUUGAACUACUACAUAUUAAGUGAUGAACUGCUUCUGGCUCUUUCAAGUGAAAAACAUGUUGAUCUUGAACACCUUCGCAUAGACAUUGUGAGUGAAAAUCCCGGACAAGUUGAAUUUCACACUAUUAAAAAACAAAGUUGGGAUGCUCUUGUUAAACACUCCCCCAAAGUCAACAUUGUGAUGUAUUUCUUUUUAUAUGAAGAAGAAUUCGAUACUUUCUUCAGAGAGGAAACCCCUGUUACCCACCUUUACUUCGGUCGUGCAGUAAGCAAAGCAAUGUUGGGUCGUAUUGGCAUGAAUUGCCCGAGGUUAAUUGAGUUGGUUGUGUGUGCUAAUGGGCUUCAACCUUUGGAUGACGAACUGAUUCGGAUUGCUGAGCGCUGUAAGAACUUAACAGCAAUGGGACUUGGUGAAUGUGAAGUAACUUGCAGAGGUUUUAUCGAAUUUGUAAAGAUGUGUGGGGGCAGGCUUACCCAGCUUUCUAUAAUGGAGGAGGUGCUGAUUCCUGAUAAUGAUUAUAGCUUAGAUCGACUUCAUUUGGAAGUCUCCAAACACCUUGGAAGAAUGUGGUUUCCUGAUAUGAUGCCAACAUGGUAAAUUCUCUACGUUUGUGGGUAAAAUGGUAGAAUCAGGGUAUUGCUUUCUAUGCAAAUAAAGAGUUUAAAAAUGGAAUGUGAAAACUUAUUUCCGGAUUUGAGUUUUUCUACCUUAAGAACCUCUAGUAGUGUAACAGCAAAACAUUCUAGAACGUCAGCGGUAUAUUGAAAUAGAAAAUAGAUUAAGUGUACUUAACACUUCUGAAAGUCUGUCUGUGGCUUACAGGUGCUUCAAACUUCAGUGAACUUUGGCUUCACUGAGCUUCAGUUUAAAUGUUCGUUCACGUCAAAGUUUUUUUGGGUUUUUUUCAUGUCUGUUUAGUCUUUCUGAUGUAGUCAGAAGAGGACUAGAGAAACAUACUUUUCUUUAGCAAAUCUGUGCAAAGUUGGAUACAACUUGGAGUUCAGUAUUAUUUGUUGUGAUGUUUUACACAGCUAUUUUUUUCAAAACAUGUUGUAAAAGCUUGUAUAUUAAAAUACUUGCACUGGCCCAGGUUACUCAAAUAUAAUCUUAUCUUAACCUCAUGCCAGUAUAUUAAUGUUGUGAUAAAUAAGCUUAUGCGUUCAAAAAACCCCUUUCCAGUUUUAAAUUGCACUUUAAGUAAUUUUGUCACAUUAGGUAAACUGUAGAGACUGUGUUACACAGUAUGUUGUAUUUCUGUUUUAUACAUUAAGUGGGUGGGAAAGAGACCUUACUGAAAUUAAUGUAUUUGAAGGUUUGUAUGUAGAUUGAUUUCUUGGGUGAAUGACAAAACACUUUGGAAAUUGCUAGAAGGAAUAGCUUCUGGAUUUGGGAGAGUUCAAGUCUGUAAUCAAAGAGUGAUAUCUGAAUGCUGUUCCAUGCUUUCGUUAUUAAGAGAUAAGAAGGAUCUCCUCAGUGGUUAGUGAGAAGGAUGGAUCAAAUGAAUGCAGUUGUCUUUGAUCACUUUCUCUCUAUAAUCAAGGAUUUAGAGCACUUAAAUUAUUUGCCUGUUAGAGGCCAAAAUGGCCUGUAAAAAUCUUGCCUGUAUCUUGCAGAGCUGUGCUGUAAGCCCCGAUUUCUAGAGUAAGGGUUGUUAGAGAUGAUCCUGAAAUUUUUAAUUCAGGACUGUUUAAUACUUGUAGCUAUGAAUUGGGUUUUGAGGAAGGAGAUAAGUUUUUUAUUUUAUUUUCUUUUAAAGGGGAAAGGAAUGUGAAUUGAUGUGAAUUAGAUUAUGUAUUUUUGUGUUGACAUUUUGCACACUGUAAACGGAAAAGCAUUGUAUACAAAUUUUGCUGUAAUUAUUUUCAUGCUGUGAUUGUUUUCUUAUUUAUGAGUCUACAUUUGAUUUGUUAGUGGUAUUUGUCACAUCGGAUAAAUGUCAGUUUCUUCCUUCUUUACUGUAAAAAUAAUAACAUCUAAGGGGUUAAGCCACUGUUGUUUUGGACAGACUUGUUCCCCGUUGCAAGUUGAAGGAUUUAAGGUAACAUAUAAAGCCUGUCUCAGUCAGUGAUGGGUUGGUUAGUUAAGGAGCAUCUGACUCUGGUUACUAGCACUGUUCACCCAAGCGCUUGCUUCUGUAAUCAAGAGGAUUAUAAUUGUCUUUUCAACAAAAGACUGAAAUGUUUCUAAGCAGUACUUGGUUUAAGAUGUGUGGUUUGCUUUAAAUGUAAAAGUAAUAAAGUGAUUUAAUAUGUGCACU